CAAAUUGAUGUCAAAAUUUACCUUGGAAUAUGGUCCUAUACAUUUUGCAAAAUUACUGCUAAUGGAAUGCUCAUGUAUGGCAUCUUGAUCAUAAGUCGAAGUAGUCCACCUUUUCAGGCGCGCCCCUAGAACCCUAGGGCUCACGAAGCCAUCCUUAAAAAAAGCCCGUCGACCAAAAGCUGCAUAAAACAACGAAGGUUGUGGGAAUGGGAGAUUUCAGAGGAAAACAAAGGAAUCUCCGAGAAGGAAAAAUAAAAUAGAAUAAUAAAAGAAAAUAAAAGCAACGGUCAAAAAUAAUUUAUAGACCAGCAGACCCUGUCAUUUUUAUUUAAAAGUUUACCGGCUAACUAGAGAAUAGCUCGGAUUUUUCAAAUAUAAGGCACACGUCUAGGUCUACCAGAGCUGAAUUCACGCAUUCAUAUUAAUGGCUUUUUUGGCUCUGGGAGGAAUAAACUCCCAUCUCAAGGGUGUUACACCAUCGCAGAAAGCUUUUUCUUUACAAAAUGGUAGCUGCACAAGCGCUGUUAUAUAUAGCCGCUCCAAUAGAGUCAAUCUGAAAUGCAUAUGGGGUGCCCUAACCGGGUCUAGUCAAUCCAGAAUGUUAGGAGCCACAACGCUCAAUCGCAUUUCUUGUAAAAGUGAAUCCAUACCAAAAGACCAAAGUGGGGUCCUUGAGAAAGAUGAUACGCAGGGAAGGAAGAAGCUGGCGGUUUUCGUUUCUGGCGCUGGGUCAAAUUUUAGGGCUCUGCAUCAAGCUGCUUUGAAUGACCUGAUUUAUGGCGACAUUACAGUUCUUGUGACCGAUAAGCCUAGUAAGCCGUUCUACGCCUUUUUUGUCUAUAUAAAAAGUGUUGCAGGUUGUCGAGCCUCUGAUUACGCAAGGGAAAAUAAUAUUCCAGUUAUUAUCUUUCCAAAAAGCAUGACCGAACCUUCUGGAUUAUCUUCAGCGGAUCUUGUAACCACUCUCAGGAACUUUGAGAUCAACUUCCUCCUCCUAGCAGGUUACCUGAAACUAAUACCAGAAGAACUUGUUCAAGCAUUUUCUAGAUCAAUUUUGAACAUCCAUCCAUCACUUCUUCCGGCAUUUGGGGGCAAAGGUUACUAUGGGAUGAAAGUGCAUAAAGCUGUUAUUGCUUCUGGAGCAAGAUUUUCAGGCCCUACAAUCCACUUUGUUGAUGAAAAGUAUGAUACUGGGAAAAUCCUCGCCCAAAGAGUUGUUCCUGUUCUAGCAAACGAUACAUCAGAAGAUUUGGCUGCAAGGGUCUUGAAAGAGGAGCAUUCUCUAUAUGUGGAGGUUGUUGCAGCUAUAUGUGAAGGCCGCUUGUGUUGGAGAAAAGACGGAGUGCCUCUAAUUAGAAAAUCAUGGGAUGAGGAGGAAUAUUAUUGAUUCAAUUAUAAAUAAAUUAGAAGACCAUGACAUAUUUUUUAUAUCGAGUUUUUUAAAUUUUGCAUUUUCACUCCUAGGCUUUGGAUUGUGGAUGGUUGCAUUUUUCGUAAGGCAGAGAAUUUCAGACAUAUAUCAUGAUUUGUGUAAUCUAAUCAUUGUACAUCUUUAUCUAUUUCAAAUAUUAAUAUAAUAUUGUUUACAGAACU